GAGUAAGGGCUAUCGUGCAGACCGCACGCAUGAUCAACAGCGAGUGCGUGCGUGUGUGUGGGUGUGUGCCUUCGUUGGUGCUCGCUGCAUAACAGCACUUGCCCCAACAGUCUGUUAAAGGCUGUACGGGGGUGUGUGUGUGUGAAAAUAUAUAUAUCUGACAUAACAAAUUGAACUCAUCAAAGUUGCGCGUAAUUGAGUCUUAAAAUUGAAGUGGGCGAGUCCGUUAAUCUUUGUUUUUACAAAAACAUCAUCUCUACGUAUAAACACAUAGAGCCGCGUUCGUACGCACACGUACACAGCCACACUAUACACUCAGACGCAUAUGUAAAUAUACAUACACCAACACACCCACAGACAUAAUAUACAUAUUCGCGUAUGCAGUCACAAGCAUACACAUAUAUGCAAACGCAUAGGGACGCGUACCCAAUCACACACAUGCACACAUUUACACACAUUUACACACAUUUACGCACCUUCAAAUACACGCGCGUUGUGAGACCAUCGCUGUGAGAAGUUUCAAAUCACGGCUACACAAGCAAUUACACAACCACGCAAUCACACGCAGCCGCAUAACCACACACAAUCACACGCAACCACGAGCAAUCACGCAGAGCCGCACAGCCACACGGCCGCGUAACCGCACGCAGAUCGCGAUUGCGCGCGACCACACGCGAUCCGAAUCAUGGGGAUUAAUCCGACCAUGUACAGGAUCCGCUUGCCGGCGCUCGCGAUCUUCUUCCAGUUCAGCAUGAUCGUGCUCUUUGGGGUGUUCGUACGCUACAACGACUUCUCGGACCCCACUCUGUCUUACGAGAAGAACCUGACGGGAGAAGGAGUCGCCAAGAACGAAUUCUACUUCAGAUACCCAAGUUUCCAGGACGUGCACGUGAUGAUCUUCAUUGGCUUUGGCUUCCUCAUGACCUUCCUCAAGCGCUACGGCUUCACGAGUGUGGGGGCCACGUUUUUCCUCGCCACCUUCGGCAUCCAGUGGGCCACCCUCAUGCAGGGCUGGUUCUGGCACCUGGGUCCGGACGGCAAGAUCCGAGUCGGGGUCAUCAACAUGAUCAACGCCGACUUUUGCGUGGGCUCUGUGCUCAUCGCGUUUGGCGCCCUGCUGGGCAAGACCACCCCGGUGCAGCUUCUCUUCAUGGCCCUGCCGCAGAUCACUCUGUACGCGGUCAACGAGUACAUCGUCCUGCACCUCCUCAGGUGCAACGAUGCCGGCGGCUCGAUGACCAUCCACACGUUCGGCGCGUACUUCGGACUCGCCGUGUCGCGCGUGCUCUACCGCCCGGGACUCAAGGACGGGCACCCCAAGAACGGCUCCGUCUACCACUCGGACGUCUUCGCGAUGAUCGGGACCAUUUUCCUCUUCCUCUUCUGGCCGAGCUUCAACUCCGCCAUCUCGGCGGCGGGUAACGACCAGCACCGGGCCUCCAUCAACACCUACUACUCGCUCACGGCCUCCGUGGUCGUCACCUACGCCAUAUCCAGCCUCACCGACAAGCACGGCAAACUCGACAUGGUCCACAUCCAGAACGCGACGCUGGCGGGAGGGGUUGCGAUGGGCACGGCCGGGGAGAUGAUGGUGACGCCGUACGGUUCGCUCAUCGUGGGCUUCAUCGCCGGCACCAUCUCCACGUUGGGCUUCAAGUAUCUCUCUCCUCUGCUGGCCUCCAAGCUCAAGAUCCAGGACACGUGCGGCAUCCACAACCUGCACGCCAUGCCGGGCUUCAUCGGUGGCAUCGUUGGGGCUGUCACGGCCGCCACCGCCCCCAACAGCGGCACCUACGGCCCUGGGCUCACCGAUACCUUCCCUGUCCUCAAGGAAUAUCCGGACAGGCGAAUCGGCGGGUACCAGAUGGCUGGCACCAUGGUCUCCAUGGCGAUGGGUCUCGUGGGCGGGACCAUCGUAGGCUUCCUCCUGAAGCUGCCGAUCUGGGACUCCCCGGAGGACGAGGAGUGCUUCCAGGACGAGUCGUACUGGGAGGUACCCGGGAGCGACGAGGAGGAUCACAGUCCGGCGCCUAAAGACCGCAACAACCAGGACUUCCAGAUGACGAUCGAGAACUCCAAGGUUGAUUCUUAGUGGCAGCGAGAAGCGAGGUGUGGUGUGUGUGUGUGUGUACGUGUGUGUGCGUGUGUGCG